AUGUAAUAAGUAGAAGAGAAAUGGUUGAUAUGUGCUGAUCCUGAUAGUGGCUAGAUAUAUACUUUAAAUAUAAAUACUAAUGAAGUGAGAAUCGAAUAGGAUGUAGAUUAAGAUUAUAGAUAAAAAGCAUUAUAAGCAAUCCAAUAAAUUGAAUCAAUGCUCAAAUUAAAGACAGGUAGUACUAUAUAUUCUAUUUUAAGGUACUUGGUUGAUGGCUUCAAAGUAGAUUGAUUAAUAUAGAAGAAGAAAGAUUCCAUCUUAUUUGCUCCAUAAAUAAUCAUCUUCAAUUCCAACAUAUUUAUGUUAAUCAACCCUCAGUCAAGCAUUUGUCAAAGUAAAUUCAAUAAAGCUUUAAGUUAAAUUAAAUCAAUAUAGAGAAUUAUUUUAAAAUAUGCCUGCUGAAGUAUAAUUAAUGGAAAAACCUAAUAUUGUUGAAAUUGAAGCAGGUUUGGUUACUGGAGCUGAUGAAGUUAUUAAGAGUGUUCUUAGAGAAGUCUAUUAGAGAUUUAGUGUGAAAUUGAGACCAAAAGACGACAAAAAUCAAUUUAUUUUAUAAAUCUCUGGUUUUAAAGAAUUUUUAACUGGGAAUCAUCCUAUGUUAUCUUAUGAUCGUGUUAGAGUUUAAUUAAGAGGAAUGAAACAUUUGGAAGUGAUUUUAACUGAGAUUCCCAAAUAAUCGAAUUAAACAUUUCUAUUCCCUCCAAUCAUUCAUAGAAUUAAAGGAGGUGAACCCUUUCCCUAGAUUGAUUGGAGUAAAUUUAGAGAUGUUCCUGCUUUGUUAUGGUAUUCACCACAACCAUUACCUAAAUAUGAAUCUGAAAUAGCUGUUACACGUUUGUCAGUAGGACCAUCUCCAUAAAUUAAAUUAGAUAAGAUUAAAGUAUCAAAUAGUCAAGAUUUAUUUACUAAUCAUUAUGACAGAAUUAAGAGGAUAUCAAUUGAUGAAAAUCCAAUUCGUCCUCCAUCUCAAGAAAAUUAUGGAUAAAAACAGAAAACUAGUGGAUAAAUAUAUGAUUUGAUAUCUAUGAGAAAUGAAUUAUAGAAAUUAAAUAUGUUAAAAAUUGAACAAAAUGUACUUUACUCUGGAGAAUGUGAUUGGCCUUUUAGUGUAAAGAUAUGUUCUAUUGAAAACUUAUUGUAAACAUUAGAAUAAGAUAACAAAUUUGAAAAACAACACCAAAGAGCUACUUAUAAUGGAUUAAUACCUCCACUUUAUAUUACAAAAAAGAAUGCUGGAACUAAAGUUGAAGAAGAACAACAUAAAUAAAGUAAUAAGAAAAAUGAUGAAUCAGACAUUAAUACUAAAAGAUAAUAAGUUCAUCUUAAAUUACACAAAAGAACAGGACGUGUCUUAGACCCCAAAAAUAUUGAUAUCAAAAGAUAUAUUCCUUUUGGAGGCUAAGAUAAUCUUGAUGAAUUAGCUACUUUACAAGAGAGAUACGAUUUAGACUUUUUGCCUUAUCUAAUUUCAGUAUAAGUAAGCUUAUUUCAUGGAUGCAAAUUACUCACUCCUUGGUGUUAAGCAGAAACUAAAAAAUAACCAUUUAGUUAAUGUCCUAAAUUUUAUUAGACUAUUACAUUUUAAGGCAUUAAAAUAUCUUAAUUACCAUAAGAAGCUAGAUUAUGUUUUAAUAUUAUUGCACAUAGUGCUACUGGAUAAUAAUAAAUUAUUGGAUGUACAACUAUGUAUAUCUUCUAUGAAGAAAGAAAGUUUAGAUCAUCCAUUAAUUAAUUAAACAUUUGGCCAUUCUAUAAAAUUGACCCUAGAUUACUUUGUAUGGGUUAAUAUUGGGGAUGGGUUAAAUAAUGGAAUUAAUAAUUGAUUGUUUCUCAGCAAAACAAUAAAAAUUAAUUUUAUAUCUCUUCUCAACUUGUUAAUAAAUCUUAUGGCAGAUUAUUAAUUUAAUUGGAUUAAUUUAAUUAAACUAUGAAAUGGAGUCUUAGAGAUGAAAAAUAAAUGGAAGAAUUAGGUUUCUCUAAAUCUGCUAGAUCAUAAAGAUAUUAUGAAAUGAGAAAUAAAUUUAUUCCAAAUUCUGAUUAUUCGAAUUAUCAACAAUCACAAUCAUCAGCCUUAACAUAGGAUCAAUUCAAUUCUGCAUAUUAAAAUACAAAUAAGAAUUCAGCAUAUUAAUAAAUAAAUUCUAAUUCACAAUCAAAUAGUUUUAGCAAUUCUCAAUUAUUCUUAAAAAAAUAAAGAACUGGAAUGGCAUCUUUUUAUAAUGUACAUUAAAGAUAACAUACUAAUCCUUAUGAAUAAUAUAUGUAAGUUGGAUACUCUUCGUAAGAUUAAGGAACAAUACUUCGUUUUGGAGAUAUGCAAGAUAGAUAGACACAUUUUGCAUAAUCAAUGAUGCAUAUGAAUUAGGGUAGCAGUUUUAAUGUACAUGAUUAAUCUAGUACUUAAUUGAGCACCUUUAAAUUAAGUCAUCAAUUCUCAUAAUAAAGUAUAUAGUAGAAUUAGAGCUACUAAGAGAAUUAUAAUUAAGUAUUUCCUUAUAAAAAUUGGUCAACAACUCCAAGGACCGAAGAUCUUGCUAUCUUGUAAGCUUUGUUAAAAUAUAAUCCAUUAAAUAGACCAUAUUAUACAGAUUAACAUAAAUACAUUUUAAUGAUCUGUAGGAACCAUUAUAAAACAUUACCUUACGCAUUAUAAAUCUUUUUAAUGGCCAUUGAAUGGGAUGAUCCAGAAUAAGUCAGAGAAGCUCAUAAUAUGAUUAAAUUAUGGACACCUCUACCUCCAGAAGAUGCAUUACCUUUAUUGGAUGCACAAUUUGCAGAUGAAACUGUUAGACUCUAUGCUGUUGAAAGAGUAAGUAUUUUAUCUGAUGAUGAAUUACAAUUGUAUAUGUUAGAAUUGACAUAAUGUUUAAUGUUUGAGAAACAUCUAUUCAAUCCAUUAGCUGAAAUGUUAUUAGAGAGAAGUCUGCAAAAUCCAUGGGUAGUAGGACAUGAAUUAUUUUGGUUGCUUAAGGCUUAAUUACAUGUAAGACCAUCUUAUGAAAGAUAUUCUUUAUUGUUAGAAUAACUAUUAAUGCUUUGUGGAGAAUUUAGGUAACAAUUAAUGAAUGAAGUUCUUGUGGAUAAUGAAUUAUUUAAUAUUGCAUAAAAGAUCAAGGAAGAAAAUAUACCAAAAGAUUUACGCUAACAUUAUUUGAAAACAGAAUUAUUGUAACUUUAUCCUAAAUUGCCAAAACCAUUCUCGUUUGCUUUAGAUUCAAGAAUGGAAGCAUAAUCAAUAUAAUAUGAUAAAUGUAAGGUUAUGGAUUCUAAGAAAAUGCCUUUAUGGCUAGCUGUAAUACCUAAAUGUCUUGAAAAUGAUGAUGAAUUAUAAUUAUAACAACCAAUCAACAUAAAAUAAUAAGAAGAAAAUCUUAAUGGAAAUAUCUCAGUCAUCAUACCACAAGAUGAAAAUCUACAUAAUAAUACUAAAUAAUAAUAGGAUUAAAAGGAAUAAAAAGAAUAAAUUGAAGAAGAAGAGUAAAAUAAAUAACAUCUUCUUAAAAUCAUUUUUAAAACUGGUGAUGACAUUAGAUAAGAUAUGUUGACACUAUAAUUAAUAAAAAUUAUGGAUAAGAUAUGGUUAGAUGAUGGUUUAGAUUUUAGAAUGAAACCUUAUAAAACUAUAUCUACAUAAGACAAUGUGGGAAUGAUUGAAGUUGUUAGCAAUUCUUUGACGAUUGAGAAAAUUCAUGGUUAAGGAGGUCUUAUGGGGGCAUUUUAAUAAAAAACUAUAUGGAAUCAUUUGAAAAAGAAAAAUAGUGAGCCUCAAUCAUUUGAAACUGCUACUGAUAAUUUUCUUAGAUCUUGCGCAGGUUAUUGUGUUGCAACUUAUGUUCUUGGAAUUGGAGAUAGACAUUCAGGUAACAUUAUGAUUACAGACACUGGUCAUCUAUUUCAUAUUGAUUUUGGCCAUUUCUUGGGGAAUUUCAAAUAGAAGUUUGGAAUUAAAAGAGAGAGAACUAAAUUUGUAUUAACUGAAGAAGUAUUAUUAUUUAUUAACAUUAGAUGGCAUUUGUUAUGGGAGGUAGAGAUGGAGAUCUCUUUAAAAAGUUUUAAUAGGAUUGUACUAAUGCUUAUAACUUAGUCAGAAAACAUGGUCAUUUUCUUAUUAAUAUAUUUUUAAUGAAUUUAUCUGCUGGUAUGCCUGAAUUGUAAUAGGCUUCAAAUGUAAAAUAUAUAGAAGAUUAAUUGGCUUUAAAUAUAUCUGAUUAAGAAGCAACUGCAAAAUUUAAAUAAGAGAUUAUCAUAUCUCUUAAUGACACUUGGAGAUAAAUAGAUAAUUGGUUUCACUAUAUCAGAAGAAAUUGA